AGAUUUGGCUUGGCAUGUUCAGUCCCCUCAGCGCUGUCCUGCAGGCAAGACGAGCUUCGACCCUCGUCUCCACUCCCAUAAAUUCUCUUUGCCUUCCGGCGUCUGUCACAAGCUCCCUCUUUCCUUCCGCGGUUCUGGCCAAGCACCCUCUCCAAUUAACCUAUCAGACUUUAGAAUAUUUUUCCUUCUUCAAGUUUCAAAGCCAUAUACAGAAUUACAUCUAAAGUGGCAGUGACGUGAAAGUUAUAAGGAAACUGUUGUCUCGCUGCGUGAGACAAGGGACGGAAGACAAAGGCGUGUCUCCUCCAGGCGGGAUGCACCCAAGCGGCCACCCGCGACUCGUGGGUGUGGUGGCGGUGGUGAUCCUGUGUGCUGGGUCGCCGCUGACCUCCGCCCUGCAGCCGUUCGACUAUGUGUCCACGGAGCUGGACGACCCCUUGCAGCCCGUGUGGGACAGAUUGGACGACUUGCCGCGCUUGGUAAGUGACACCGUCCAGAGUGGCCUCCGAUCGCAGUUCUCGCUGUUCGCGAUGCAGAACAACAGGAAGCUUGACACGAAGCUGCAGCAGGCCGUGAAUAACAGCCUGAUUGCUGCCACCUCAGCCCUCAACACCAGCCUCGUUCAAGCGUUCCAAGAAUCUAUAGGGCAAGAAAUCUCGGAGAUGGUGAGGAAGAUUGAAGGUCACAUUGACAAUAAGGUGGGCGGACUGGAAACGAGUUUGAAGGCAUAUAUCGACGAGAAGCUCUCUAACGCUGCAGCCCCCGGGGCGGGCGGCGGUGGCGGAAACACAGGCUUGCAGAGCGGCGCCUCCCUGUCUGAAACACUGCAGGCCAACACCGCAACCCUAGAAAACAUCAACACCCACGUGCUUAAGAUCAACGAAAAGAUUGGCGGCGGCUCGGAGAGUGAGGACUCGUGCGUCACACUGGUGGACAAGGUGUCGGAACUGAUGGCCGCUUCAGCAGAUGGGGGCGGAGGGGUCUGCAGCGGCCUGGACCGGCAGACGGUCACGGCCCUCACUCAGCUCACCCAGGCCUCCACCUUCCUGCCGCGGGACUGCUCCGACAAACACUGGCAACAGCCCGAGGACCCCAGCGGCGUGUACCAGACCUUCCCGACAAUGGACCCCAAGGCUCCGGUCAACACCUACUGCGACAUGGGACAGCCCGGCGCCAAGGAAACAGGAGGGUGGACGGUCAUCCUGAGGCGGCGCAACUCCACCUGGGGUUUGGUUAAUUUCAACAGAACCUGGGAUGAGUACCGCGAUGGCUUCGGGAACCCGGGGGAGAGUGAGUGGUGGUUCGGUUUGGCGCCGCUGCACGCCCUCACCUACCGCCAGCCCUACGAGGUGGAUCUCCUACUCCACGACAUCGAGCGGGGUACCUUCCGUGCCAACUACAACUCCUUCAGGGUUGAGGACGAGGCACAUAAUUUCACACUUAACCUGAACGGCUUCACGGAAAUCUGUCCCACGACGCUCUCAUCGCUACACCACGGCUCGUCCUUCUCCACGUGGGACAGGGACAACGAUGUGUGGCAUAGCGGAGUUAUGCCCAGGUCAACGGUGGCGGCUGGUGGUUCAACGCUUGCCACCACCACACUCACGGCACCCUUCCCGACCUCCAAUAACCGUUCCGCCCGAACCAUCCGCUGGCUUGAGAACGACGAUUGGCUGGUGCUGGAUGACGUCACCAUGAAGAUACGGCCUAUCAACUACGAUCAGAGGUUCAAUGCACAUCACUUGGGGUGA